AGAAUUAAAGAAUUAAAGAAGGCAAGUCAUGACCGGCUGACAGAGGGGAGUUACCAAUUCUCUAAAGCUCCUGCCUCAUUCCAGGAUACCAGUCAGCAAAGCCACAUUCACCACUAGGAGACACAACAAGUCAAGGUCCCUCCAGAGAGAACAUUCCUUUUGGCACCACAUUAAAGCGCAAAGCAGCACCUGCUCCACCUGUUCCGCCUCUCUCCUCCACGAUGGAGGAGCAGCUGAGCUCAAAGAGACAAACCAAGGCUCCGCGCAAAGCAGCUUCCGAAUCUGGAUCUCCGCAGAGGCUGCGCUGCCAGAGACGAAGCGGCUCCUCGUCAAACACUAUUGGCUACUCCGCUCCCUCCGAAAGGCGCAAUGAAAGAGAGAGGAACAGGGUGAAACUGGUCAAUUUGGGCUUUGCCAAACUAAGGCAACACGUGCCUCAAGCUCAAGGGCCGAACAAGAAAAUGAGCAAAGUGGAGACUCUGCGCUCAGCUGUAGAAUAUAUCCGCGCGCUUCAAUCGCUGCUGAUGGAGAGGAGCGCGGGGGAGGGACAAGAGAGAGCUGGAUCCGACGGACUCUCGCCUUGUGGCAGCAGCUGCUCAGUGGAUUCUCUCUCACCUGGAUCCUAUUGUAACUCAGAGGACAGUUCCAGGGAGGACAGCAGCAUCCCCGAAGCCGACUUCUUUCUAACGCUUCAUGGAUGGGGAUAGCAAGGCUGCCAGGACACCACGUAGGAGCAGAGGAUGAGAAGCAGAAGAUGAGGAACAUACUGACUAUUACAAGAACAUAUUAUCUGAAUGAUCAGGAUAUAAUAUAUAAAGAUAUUUAUACAUGACUUCCCGGCGAUGCAGGCAGCCACUUGUAUAUAAUACUGAUAAGGGAAAACAUAUAUUAGAUCAGUAUUUUAUCAGUUUUUUUCUAAUAUGCUUUCACAUGGACAAUAUUUUGAACACUGCCCAAAUCCUAAUGGCUGCCUGAAACUGGGAGAGAACAAAACCAGCGUCAAAAGAAGCUCCUUAAAGAGAGAUUAAUUGUAUGCUCAAAUCUCUUCUUUUUUGUUAUGAAUCUGAAAAGGCGAUGUUUGCCGAUUGCCUUUAUUUGCUGCAGGCAACAAAAAAGAACUGAAGCUCAGAAUGAGAUUUGCCCUGCUAAUGGAUCCAUGAGUAAACAGACCCAAAUGCAAAGAAGCAAACCUUGAGACAGAGGGUGGAUACUACACAAAACAAUGUGCACAUAAAAAGCCUUUUAUGUCUGGCUUAGUACCUUUCUCUGGCUGGAAUGUAUCAACCCUCGCUGUCAUAUGGGCUUCAUUUUAUAUUGUUGCAUCAUUACAACAUGCAGCAGCAUUAAACAUCUUGGUGGGGGGGUGACUUGUGACCCCUGAGAGUUACACUUUCUAAUUGGCAGCCUCCAUGGCUCCAAACUUACUUUCAGGUUGUUUGGGCUCUAGUCUCUGGUUUGAAAGUGGUAAAACUAUUCCAGCAUUGAGGUGGUGGAGCGGCAGAAGUCAUUUGUUGUCAUAGUGAUUAGACCAAUAUAAUUACUGAUACAAGGAUUCACAAUUACACAGCAAAGUGUAUUAACUGUUUUCAAGGGGACCAAAUUAAGUCUCGGAAUGUGAAUCUAGAAUUCAUACUCAUUUGGAAUUUGUCAUAGGGGUAUAUUUAUCACAAAGUGAAGUUAGAGAUCACCACAGUGAAAUUCCGCCACUCUCCAUUCAUUUCUAUGGUAUUUUAAAAGGCGUAUUUAUCAAAGGAUGAAUGUUCACUUUCACCCAUUGAAAAAUACGCUUUUAAAAACCCUAUAGAAAUGAAGGGAGAGUGGCAGAAUUUCACUUUAGUCUAGAGGACUGUGGUGAUCUCUAACUUCACUUUUAGAUGAAGAUACUCCUAUAGUGUUGUAUUCAGCAUGUGACCCCAUUUUUGGGUCCCAAACAAUAAGUUUAAAAUCGCUGUUUUACCAUUCCAACUCCAAUGGAAUAACUUUACCCCAUUUCUGCUGCUCAUUAAAUCACGCCCAAAGCGUAUGCUGUACAGGGACCAUUAUUUAUCUAUGUUUUUGUGUUUAUUUAUGAAUUAGAGCUGCCACAUACUGUAAGAGAAACCUGACUGUAUGCAGUGGAAUUCUCCCUUCAUUUACUGCUGUGGAUAGGAAUUGUCAGACGGUCCCUAACUGCUGAGCAGGUAAACAAUCAUACUUAUGAACAGCAGGGGGAGCCCCCGCC